AUGCCGUAUUGGGCGCAAUAUUUGAGGAAUCUGGCCCUUCGCGAUCCUUUCGCGAGGGCGUUUGAGAUUCCUUUCGUUGUCUUCACUCGCGAUCCUUUCUUCCGCGACCCUAUAAAGUGUAUCAAGCAAGCCACGGUGCCUCUGAAGCAUGGGAUCGAGGGAGUAUACUCUGAUUCCGAAGUCAGAGUCGACGAGAAGAAAGUUGAAGUUUAUUUGGACGUGCAGAAUUUCACCCCAGAUCAGAUCCAAGCGAAGACAGUCGGGAAUGAAAUUAUAGUGGAAGGAAAGAAGGAGGUGAAUUGCGAGGAUGGUUGGACGAGGAGCCAUUUUGAGAGGAGAUUCCUGCUUCCCGAAGGUUUUCCUCCGGAGAGAGUUGAGUGCCAUCUUGAUAAGGGGAAGCUGUUACUAGUCGCCCACAGAGCCGAGCCUCGAGGAGAGAGAACCAUUAAGAUCAUUGCCAAAGAAGUCAAGGAGCCGGAAAAGAUUGAGUAG